AUGGGCGCCCAGCCAGAAACUCAUGCGUCUGCCGACCUCAAGAAAGAACAAGAACAAGAAUUCCAACACACCACUCCUGCAAAUGAAGAUCAGGUGGCCCUUGACCUGGCGAGUCUACCAGCAGACAAUCCGCCCCCAUACAGCCCUCCAUCGUAUGAAGUCGCAGUCCAAGACCACUCUGGUUUCAAUAUCAGAGAUGAGAAGAACCCAUCAGGCCUCAUCCGCAACUCAUUCGACGAGACAGGAGAGCCGAGCUGGCGUAUAGAGACCCCAGCCCUGCCUCGACGUCUCAGAGAUGCCACCGACAUCCUCUCCAAACCAAUCGCCCUCCCCACCGUCAGAUCUGCCCAGGGCUCACCCUACAUCCGCGCCUACCCCCUCGAGCUCGCCAAGGUCGGCAUCACGCGGGAGACCUUCCUCAGCUUCCUCGACCACGUCAACCGCGUCGUCGCCGACAACCCGCCCCUCGUCGCCGUCGGCCUCGUCGGCAGCGUCGUCGGCCUGGUCCCCGAGCCCACGGCCCAGCUGGCCGGCACGGUGAUCGAGCUCGCGGCCGACACCGCCAACGUCGCGCUCGCCGAGGGCCGCACGGAGCUGGUCCUGCGGAGGGCCAACUGCGACAUCUUCCACCCCGUGGGCUUGCAGGUCCGCGUCGCCAAGCUCGAGGCCGUGGCCAAGAUCGCGGGGAUGCCCUUCCUGGACGGCGAGACGGGGAAGCUGACGUCGGGCCUGCGGGUGCUGGCGCCGCUGGACGGCGAGAUGGAGCUGCACACGCUGGGCGUGCAGCGGCGGAGGCUGCGGGACCUGGAGGAGUGGCUCUCGCCGCUGGAUCUGGAGGAGCUGCCGGGGGUGGAGAGGCCGGGCUCUGUGAUGGGGAAGAUGCAGGUUAAGAUGAGCGAGUUCCAGCGCAAGAUGGAGGAGGAUGAGCUGAUGAAGAUGCGCAAGAAGUCUCUGGGGAAGUACACGGAGGCGAAGCAAAGCGCGCAGGAGAGGUACGAGAGGAAGAUGAGGGACUUGGACCGGAGGGUUGAGAAGGCAGGACAGAAGGUUGGAAAGGAUGGGAAGAAGAAACAAAGGACAGAUGAGGAGAUGAUACAAAAAGAGAAAGAUAAAGAUGGGGAAAAGAAGCAAAAAGAUUCAAGCAAAGAAGAAGAGAAUGAUUUGAAACAGGAGGCUGGAGAGAUCUCGAGAGGCAGCUCCAAUAGCCAAGCCACUCUGGACAGAUCAACGACGGAAGACAGCAUCACAGAGAAGUGCGCAAGACGUGAAGAAAAGGAAAGAAAGAAGCAGGAGAAGAGGGUGGAGAAGGAAGAGAGACGGGCAGAAAAGGAAGAGAGGCGGACAGUAAAGGAAGAGAGACGGACAGAAAAAGAAGAGAAGAAGGCCGAGGAGAGGAAAAGGAAGGAGGUGGAGAGAGCGGAGAGGGAGAAUCGAAGGCGAGAGGAGAAGGGGAAGGAAAUAGAAAAGAAGGUCAAGAGGGCAGAGGAGAAGGUUGAAAGGGCGCUGACCAGGGCGGAAGAGAAGCGCGUGGCCAUCAGGGAAGAUUACGAGAAGGAACUCAAGAAGAGGAGUGAGGAGUACGAGAAGAAGGACAAGGAGGAGAGGUCAAUUAAGAAGAUCAACUGGUUGAUCAUCACGGAGCGGAACAGGAUGGAGAGGAGCUUAAUGACCGGACUGAGCCCAGGACGAGCAGAUUCAUAG